AUGUCUUUCAAUUUCGGCACCUCUACUAACAAACCGACGCUCAACCUCGGGCUCAGCACAACCACGCCCGCACCCACGAAUACAGGAUCUUCUUUGUUCGGCGGCCAAAACACCAACCAGCCAGCGACAUCCACCACCACCAACCCAGUAGCCGGAGCGUCCUCCCAGGCCGCGAUAGACAUCAACCACCUGCGAUCUACGACGAAAUUCGACCAGCUGACGCCCGACUUACAAAAAGAGAUUGAAAAUGUCGACACCAUGAUCUUCAACCAGAUCAGACUGGCCUCAGAGGUAGCCGACCUAAUUCCCACCGUCAUAGCAGCAGGAGAAACACUACCGCACAGCGUGGACUUUGUCAGCCAGAAACUGGAAGAAGUGGAGACGGGACUAGGGAACGACGCGGAAGCGAUCGUGGCAGUCAAAGAUGGGGAGCUGAAGAAAGGAGAACUGGAAGCCAAAUGCGUUUUCCGCGCCGUCGAUCGGUUGAAAAUGCCCCGACAAUACCAAGUCAUAAGCCAUACGCAGCCCGAGAACCUGGCCGGCAGUGGGAUCUAUGGCGGAGCCGGACUUAGUGGAUGGUGGAACAACCCGCAGACGUUGAAGGGCAGCGUUCGCGGAACAACUGCCCAAGGACAUACCAUCCAGCUUCCGGGCGAAGACACAGAAGACAUCCAAGGUCCCAAGAGCUUGAUUGAACUGUUCAACACUCGGGCCGACGAAAUGGCAGAGAACAUUCAGAGCGCACGCCAAUUGUUGGGUGACAUUGAAGAAUUCGUCCAGGGAUUGGAAGGAAAAGUCAUUGUGAAAGAGCGGGAGCUGCACGAACGCCUGAGCUAUGGCGAUCGGAAAGAGAACGGCAUGAGCGAAAAAGAUCACCAGAUCCAGUUGCUGAGAUAUGUCUUUGGCGAAGUCCAGAGAAGUCUCUACGAUGUGGCCGACAAGGUGGGCGCCACGAGGGACGAGGUUGCACAGUUGACAUUCGGAAGAUGA